UCACCUUUUAAAAAUUACCAAAAUGGAGAUAUCAGAUUGGUAAUGCUCAACCGACCUUAAUUCAGUCGAGUUAGAUUUCUUUGGCGGAAAUCAAAAUGGAAAUCCCGUCGCUGCAUCCUGCCAGGACCUAGAGUUUAAGUCCCAUCAGCCCUUGCGCUCCGCCUCUUUUUCGCUCUCUUCAGAGGCGCUGCUGUUGGGGAGGUUGUCAUUCUUUUGUCGACACCAUGCCUGCCCUCAGGCCCCUCGUCAAACCUAAGAUCGUCAAGAAGAGAACUAAGAAGUUUAUCCGCCACCAGUCGGAUCGUUAUGUCAAGAUAAGGCGCAACUGGCGUAAGCCAAGAGGCAUUGACAACAGAGUGCGCAGGAGAUUCAAGGGCCAGAUUUUGAUGCCCAACAUUGGUUAUGGCAGCAAUAAGAAGACCAAGCACAUGCUGCCCUCGGGAUUCAAAAAGUUUUUGGUGCAUAAUACCAAAGAGCUGGAAGUGCUUUUGAUGUGCAACAAAACUUACUGUGCCGAGAUUGCUCACAAUGUUUCCUCCAAGAGUCGCAAGGUAAUUGUGGAGAGAGCAGCCCAGUUGGCCAUCAAGAUCACCAAUGCAAAUGCCAGACUGCGCAGUGAGGAAAAUGAGUAAACUGCAACUUUAAGCUUAAUAAAACAUCCAAACCACUGCCUGGA